AUGGUUAAUCCAAAGUUCCUUCAAAUCGUUGGUGGCAAUUCCUUUAAUGCGCAGGUCAAGAAGGGCCGAAAAUCUAGCACGGCAGACAGCCAAGGGAAGAUGCUAACCUUGAGUGGAAUCGGAAAUGUCACUGUCAAAGAAGCCUCCAGCAAUAAUAAUUUGAAACUGAAGAAUGUAUUGAACAUACCAGAAUUGAAUUCCAAGUUAUUUUCACUAGCGAGGAUAGCUGACCAUGGCUACGAUGUAAGCUUCAAUAAAUAUGGAGAAAUAAGGACUGCGGCAGUACCACCGGUAAGUGAGGUAAGGCGCAAACAAUUGCAACAUGCACAUAAAGGUAUCGUAGAAGGAAUGAAAAGAGGAAAUCAGGAUUUCGGGACGGAUAGUUCGUGGAAAAGGGUAUGCGAACCAUGUGCACAAGGAAAAGCAUGUAAAAAGCCGCAUCCGGGAUAUAAUGCUACAUGGACGAAUCGUACUUUAGAGCUAUGGCGUACAGAUUUGGUAGGCCCAAUCAAACCCUCGGGUUAUGGAAAGAAAAAUUCCUUAUUAGCUGUCGUCGGUGAUUAUUCGAGAGUGAUGUUUAUGCAACUUCUGUGGGAUAAGGGAGAAGCUGCAGAAGAAUUAAAAGACAUAAUGGAAUUGAAGGAAGAUCAGACGGAACUGCGGUUGAAGGGGAUUAUGUCAGACAAGUUUCGGGAAUAUUUAGGAAAAGAAUUAUAG